AUGGCGGCUCGUGGCAUUACAAUCGACGGAACCAGGCUUAGGGACAUCCAUGGGCGAGAAGUGACCUUUCGAGGGAUUAACGUCGCAGGAGAAUGCAAGUUCCCUCGAUAUCCCGACCAACCUUCUCACCAGUCCGAUGGCUUCUUCGACUCCGAUAACGUUUCCUUUGUCGGACGACCCUUCACGGAGGAAGAGGCACAUGUACAUUUUGCAAGGUUAAAGAGAUGGGGCUAUAACGUGGUUCGAUAUGUCUUCACGUGGGAGGCCUUGGAACACGCCGGACCGGGCAAAUACGAUGAAGACUUUAUCGACCAUACCAUCAAGAUCCUCCGGAUAGCCAAGUCAUAUGGACUCUACGUCUUUAUGGACCCUCAUCAGGAUGUCUGGUCAAGAUUUACCGGAGGCUCCGGUGCCCCUUUAUGGACUCUCUACGCAUGUGGGUUGGAUCCGGAAACAUUUACUUCAAAUCAAGCCGCCAUCGUCCAUAACACCUUCCCAGAACCGGCCGAUUUUCCCAAGAUGCUGUGGCCCACGAACUACACCCGUCUGGCGACUCAAGUCACUUUCACUCUCUUCUAUGCUGGCCGGGAUUUUGCUCCCAAUGCGAUCAUCGAUGGCAAGAACAUCCAGGACUAUCUCACCGAUCAUUUCGUGGCUGCUUGUGCACAUCUGGCCCAGAGAAUACAUGACGCUGGGGAUCUGGAGGAUGAAUGCGUUAUUGGUUGGGAAACGCUGAAUGAACCCCAUCGAGGCUUGGUCGGUUGGGAGGACUUGGACGCCAUACCGGACGACCUGAAAAUGAGAAAGGGGACGUGUCCCACGCCCUGGCAGGCAAUCCUCACGGGCGCUGGGCGUGCUGUCGAGAUAGACAUCUACGAUUUCGGCACAUUUGGCGCGUACAAGAGCGGCCGAGAGUUGGUAGACCCAGCGGGUGUCUCCGCCUGGCUCUCACCGGAUUCCGACGAUUCAAAAUAUGGGUGGAAGCGAGAUCCUGGCUGGAAGCUUGGGCAGUGCCUAUGGGCUCAGAAUGGUGUAUGGGACCCGAAACAGGAUCUGCUGCUGAAGAAAGACUACUUCGCAACAAUCCCCAAUUCGAACACCAAGCUGGACUACGCAACUUUCACCAACACCUACUAUAUGAGUCACUACCGAAAGUACAGAGACGCUUUACGCGCCAUACACAAAGAUUGCAUAAUAUUGAUGCAGUCGGCCGUCCUUGAAAUACCUCCAAGUAUUAAGGGUACUCCGGAUGACGAGAAGCGCCUGAUAUUUGCAACACAUUAUUACGACGGACUCACACUGGUCCAAAAGCAUUGGAACAAAUAUUACAACGUCGAUAUUUUUGGUAUCCUGCGUCACCGCUACUCGAAUCCUGUCUUUGCAGUCAGACUCGGCGAAACCGCGAUCAGGAAUUGCCUGCGCGACCAACUCAAAGCUAUAAGAGAUGAAGGUAUGGAGCGAUUGGGUGAACAUCCCACAUUGUUUACCGAAAUCGGCAUCCCCUUUGACAUGGACGACAAGUAUGCAUACAGAACGGGGGAUUAUACGAGCCAAACCUCGGCUUUGGACGCCAACCACUUUGCUCUGGAAGGAUCCGGAGCCCAAGGGUAUACGUUGUGGACAUACGUGGCUCAGAACAACCAUCAAUGGGGUGAUUUGUGGAAUGGUGAAGAUCUAUCCAUUGUAUCUGUCGACGACCCACUCCUUCCGGGCAGCUCCUCCAUGUCGACGUACCCAUCCGCAAAUCCGUCGACAACCUUUUUAGAACAGGGGGCUGGAUCGUAUUCCGGCACGACAUUGUCCUAUACGACUACUAUCAACCCGUCGAACCUGAGAGAUGCGUUGAAGAGUCCAGAAAUCAAGCAAAACCCCUCCGCCGCCCGUCCAGAGCAGACGGCUAACGUCGGUCUCCGCGCUGCAGAGGCCUAUGUCCGUCCAUCUCCAAUUGCGACAGUUGGUGAUGUUGUCCAAUACGGCUUUGAUCUAGCCCACGUGACAUUUACCUUCAGUCUUGUCUCCGACCAUGCCACCAAGGAGGAUGUCCCGACGGAGAUAUUCUUACCCGAAUUUCAUUUCCCGCCAGGCAAGACGAACGUUGAAGUCAGUGGUGGAAGAUGGAGGAUCGACCUCGUCGACGUGGAUGGCGAAGGCAUGCAGCUCAUGAAAUGGUGGCAUGGUGCUGGUGAGCAGAACAUGACCAUCAAAGGGGUCAAGAGGAAACCGGGCACACUGGAUGAGGAAGAGGAUACUGAAGCCGGUUACAUGGAGACCGUCAGGUCUACAGCACAGGAUUGCUCUAUCAUGUGA